AUGGCAGUGAAAUACUUCUUGUUAUUUGCUGUUGCUGCUGCUGCUACUGUCUUUGUUCCUGUUCUGGCUGUCAGACACUCCAAACGACACAGAGACCUCUAUAAUAAGCUGGUCACAGAAUCACAAACCGACCCACAAAAAGAAAUUGUCAGUGCACACAAUGCUUUCAGAAGAAAAGUGUUCCCACCAGCCAAGAACAUGCUGAAGAUGAGCUGGAGUUCAGCUGCUGCAGAAAAUGCUAGAAUCCAGGCAAGAUACUGUGACACGUCACAGAGUGACCCACUUGAAAGGAGACUUAAUAAUACAUUUUGUGGAGAAAAUAUUCAUUUGGAACAUUACCCCUACUCCUGGUCAAAGGUAAUUGAAACAUGGUACAACGAAUCCAAACAUUUCACAUAUGGAGAAUGGCCAUCCUCAGAUGAUGACUUCCAAACAGAACAAUAUACUCAGAUGGUCUGGGCCGUUUCUUAUCUCAUUGGCUGUGAUGUUGCAUCAUGUCGCAGACACAAGGCACCUAUAUAUCUCUAUGUGUGUCACUAUUGUCAUGAGGGAAAUAAUCCUGACUCACUCAAUAAGCCUUAUAAGCAGGGCUCACCAUGCGGAGACUGUCCAAAUCACUGUGAAGACGGAUUAUGCACUAACCCCUGCGUUUACUAUGAUGAAUACAACAACUGUGAUAAACAAGUGAAACGUAUGGGAUGCUCACAUCCAUCAGUUCAACAAUUCUGCAAGGCUUCUUGUCUGUGUAAAAAAGAAAUAAAAUAA